AUGCUGCUUGCCGCCAGCGGCCCGAAGAUUCUGUCUAUCAGCCUUCAUGAUGGAAGUCUCCUGUCAACCUGGCCCGAAACUGCAUCAACUUCUACAGAAGGGGAUCAGGAAAACGAAGAGCCGGAAGGACCUCCCGGAAAGAGGAGGAAGCUUGAUGCUUCGCCUGAGAAGUCUCCGAAUGUAACCAAGUUACUCGUUUCGCACUCCAACGAACAUGUCGUUGCCGUGACUGGCGAGGACAAAUGUGUCCGAGUCUUUGCGGUCAGCUCUAACGGGAACCUGGAGCAACUGAGUCAAAGAUGCAUGCCCAAACGGCCCUGCGCGAUCGCUCUCACAGCCGAUGAUAGCACGAUACUAUGUGGCGACAAGUUCGGAGAUGUAUACGGAUUACCCCUUUUAUCAUCACCAGAGGCAGAUGCGGCCGCAGCACGCCAACAAGAGGAGGCAGCAAGCAAAUCAUUCGUCCCAUCCGCUACUAAUCUCACUGUCCACUCUGGUCGCAAUCGGAAGGCGCUCGAAAACCAACUGAAGUCCGCAAACCAGCAAGCCAAGACUAAGGAGCCGCUCAAGUUCGCUCACGAGCUGCUGCUGGGUCAUGUGUCGAUGUUGACGGAUGUUGCAUUCGUGGCCUUCGAUGAGGCGACAUCGCUGGAUCGCAAGCCUCGCAGUUAUAUCCUGACAUCGGAUCGAGAUGAGCAUAUCCGGAUCUCGAGAGCCCCGCCGCAGGCUCAUAUCAUUGAGGGCUAUUGCCUGGGUCACAAGGAGUUCGUCAGCAAGCUCUGCCUACCUAGGCCAGGCAUUCUCGUCUCUGGCGGCGGUGACGACGAAGUGUUUGUCUGGUACUGGCAAGGGCAAGACCCACGGUUAACAGACAAGAUCAACCUGAGAAAGGCUGUUUUCAAGGCGCUGUUGAAACAGCCGGCCCAGGGCGCUACAAAAGUGGCAGAGGAGGACGUCACUAUCGCUGUGUCAGGCAUGUGGACGUUCGAAAGCGCCGCACGUAACGAGGUAAGACAAACAGAUGUUCUGGUCGCUUGCGAGGGUGUUCCCGCUCUGUUUUAUUUCUCGACCCUCAAUACCGGAGCACUCCAGCGCGGAGCGGACCUGAAAGUCCUUCCCCUAAGCGGUAAUCCUGUGGACGUUGCUGUAUUAGAAGACUCAAUCGUUGUCUCAAUUGACAACUGUCACGAAUCAGGUUCCAUCAGCGUCGCGCGUCAGGACCAGACCGCAACAUCCCGUCUUCAAGCUUUCGUGUAUGCUCCAAACAGCGAACAUGACUUGGGCUUCUCUUGGCGGUCGAACGAGAAGCUCGACGGACACCUGCAGAAGGCCAAUAGCCAGCCAACUGCAGAGUCAGCGCCAGACCCCAAGGCCUUAGUGGACUUGCUCUACGGGAUUGAGAGCUUGAGGAAGCGCGGAGGGGAAGAGGUUGAGGGCUCGUGA